AUGCACAAAGCGAAGAUGCAAAAUGAUGGCUAUCGAACUUUAUCCUUGUCCGGGCAUGUUGGUUUUGCUACAUUACCUGAUCAACUGGUUAAAAAAUCCAUCAAGCAGGGCUUCUGCUUCAGCAUUCUUUGCAUUGGGGAAACUGGAAGUGGGAAAUCAACCUUGCUAAACAGUUUGUUUAACACCAAUUUUGACGACCCUGUGUCAACGCAUUUUCUGCCAAGUGUACGACUUAGAGCCCAGACUCACGAACUCCAGGAAAGUAAUGUUCUUUUGAAGCUGACCGUUGUAAAUACAGUGGGAUUUGGUGACCAGAUAAACAAAGAAGAUAGCCAUCAGCCAAUAGUGGAUUAUGUAGAUGCACAAUUUGAAGCUUAUCUCCAGGAAGAACUGAAAAUUAAACGUUCUUUAUUUAGUUACCAUGAUACUGGCAUCCAUGUCUGCCUCUAUUUCAUUUCACCUACAGGCCAUUCACUAAAAGCUCUAGAUUUGUUAACCCUGAAAAGCCUAGACAGCAAGGUGAACAUUAUACCAAUUAUAGGCAAAGCAGACAGCAUGUCUGAAACCAAACUACAGAAGUUCAAGAACAAACUCAUGAGUGAAUUAAUUAGUAAUGACAUCCAGAUAUACCAGUUUCCAACUGAUGAUGAAACCGUUUCUAAAAUUAAUACCGUCAUGACUGGACACUUGCCAUUUGCUGUAGUAGGAAGUACAGAAGAGGUGAAAACUGGAAAUAAAAUGGUGAGAGCUCGUCAGUACCCUUGGGGCAUUGUACAAGUGGAAAAUGAGAACCACUGUGACUUUGUAAAACUUCGCAAGAUGCUUAUUUGCACAAAUAUGGAAGACUUAAGAGAGCAGACUCAUGCACGACAUUAUGAGUUGUACAGACGCUGCAGACUGGAAGAGAUGGGCUUCAGAGACAUUGGCCCUGAGAGCAAACCAGUCAGUCUACAGGAAGCCCAUGAGGCAAAGAGGCACGAGUUCUACCUUGAUCUGCAAAGAAAAGAGGAGAUGAGACAAUGGUUUGUGCAGAGAAUGAAGGAGAAAGAAGCAACGUGGAAAGAAGAGGAGCAACAGAUGCAGGCUAAAUUCAAACGUUGUAUGCUAAUGCAUCGAGAAAUGAAACUGAAAUUAGAGAAAAAGAAAAAAGUUCUAGAAGAUGAAAUAGCUAUGUUUAUUGAGAAGAAAGCUAAUGCUGAAUUACUCCAGUCACAAGCAUCUGUCUCUACCCCUGUUGUUAGUUUGAAGAGAGACAAGGACCGCAAAAAAUAA